CAUUAGCUAUCAAAAUCUAGUGAAAAGGCAAGACUUUUGACGACCUUCAAUUCUUCCUCAAGAAUCAUAAAUACUCCUGCGAAGAUUUCACAGUUCAUCGAUACUUCCUAUGAUUUGUUCUACCUUAUAGCGCCUUUCGCGAUAAAAUCUUCUUUGUAAAAUGGCACUACGCUGUCUGUCUCUCAUACGUGUAGCUCGCGCAGCUCCACUGGUGCGACAUCUUAGUGUGACAACACCAGUAAUGAGCCGAGGAUUCAAACCAGGUCGCGGAAGUGGAGAUUCUGGGAAAUCCAGUCUGUUCAACAACGAACGACGAUGGAAGGAUGACGAUGCCUUCAUGGCGCUUGGAAAUACGGACGAACUUGCAUCACUGCUUGGUGUUUGUCGUGAGUACGCCGACAAAGAUAACAUUCCGGAACUAGUAGAAGUUCUUACUCGACUCCAAAGUUGUCUACAAGACGUUGCUGCCAGUUUGGCAACACCUCCUGAAACUUCAGAGAAACGGAAAAAAAUGACAAAAAUUGAUCCUGCUAUGGUCGAGUGGAUUCACGCUGAAAUCGAUCGUUGGGGUGAUCAAGUGCCGCCUAUAAAAAUGUUUAUUUUAUCAGGAGGUGGUGUCACGUCUUCUCACCUGCAGUUUGCCCGAGCUGUCUGCCGUCGUGCUGAACGAAGCGUAGUUCCACUUGUACGAGAUGAGGUAGCCGAUCCGCAAGCCAUGAAAUUUUUGAAUAGAUUGAGUGAUCUACUGUUCGUUCUGGGACGAUAUGCUUGUAUGAAGACAGGACAUAUAGAAGUGACAUAUCUCAAGCCAGAAUCGUUUGUUGAUCAGAAAUGGGAGCGCAAAAAGCUGUGAUCGGUUCAUUAUUAUUUGCCAGUUUUAUUGUUUGCAACGUUGUGUUCAGAUUCUAUUUUAUGGUGUUAUUUAGCCAAUUAACCUUCGGAAAUGAGUUAUUAGUCUUUCUAGGGUCGGGUUACACAGUUGCCUUGCAUAGUUCAUAGCAAUAAACUGCCUUAACUUACUGUUAUCCUACAGUUAUUUCUGCGUUGCACGUGAUAUAUCAUCUCGAA